AUGAUGAGGCCUUCCUGUGGAGAACUGGACUUUGAGCUGGCAGGGGGUCCACAGAUUAAUGCUGCAGCUAAAGGAAAGCGGUUAUUAGGGGCCGAUGAGAGGUUGCAGAGCCGUAAAAGAAUGCUCCUCUUCCUCCAGACUGCCAGCCCCAUGCUGAGGACACCAGUCAUUACUCUGACAGAUACCGCUCUGAGCCAUAUGGGGGCCAUCCUCCACGCCCCGGUGCAUGCUGGGAGGACAAGCCUGGGACAGGGGGACCUCCCGGGGAAUACGAAUUACGGCAGGCAAAGGUAG